ACUAAUCAACCGGCAAUCGUAACUGUAAACAAAUGUUUUAAAACAUUGAGGAAAAUAGUUUUUAUUUUCUUCUGUUGAAAUUUUUAAAGCAAUUUUAAUAAAUUGUUAAGGAUUAAUUUAAAAUUAUUAUGUCGUUCAUUGUUUGGAAUGAAAAUAAUGAGACUUGUUUGGAAAAUUACACUCUUAUUCUUCCAUCAAUAUCUGUGGGUAAUGUUGGACAACUAGCAAUAGAUCUGCUACUGAACAAUUUAAGUGUGAAAAAUGCGGCACACAUUCAUCAUCCUAGUUUUUUACCUUUAGUUGGUCCGGAUCCGUUUGAUUCAAAUUGUACAAAGUUAACUACAAGUUGUCAGUUAUAUAUUUGUGAAGAGAAAAAAAUUGCCAUUAUUCAGCAUCGUUCUCCAUUGAUUCUUAGAAAAGUGCCAGAGUACAGAACAUUUUUGAUAAAUUUUAUCAAAGAGCAUAAAUUUAAAAGAACUGUCCUGUUGUGCAGCAGUUUCUCUCAAUUUUUCACAAUUGAAGAUCUUCAAGGAGUAUCUGCUCAUUACCUGUCUUCUUCAUCAUUCUUAGACGAUGAAAUAUUUUCGCAGCUUUCAUGGAAAAAAUUUGCUCUUCCUGCAAAAGUUGAUCCAUCAGAAACUUCUGCAAUUCCUGGUGGAGGUAUAGCUAAAUCUCUAUUAGAAGACUGUGAAAAGGAAAGCAUUCCAUUAGUGGUUCUAAUUCUAGUUUGCUCAGAAGGGAACAAUUAUCCUGAAGCUUUUCAAAUGGUUGAAAGAUUAAAUGAUUGGUUAAAUUUGAAGCAGAAUGCUGAAUGGAGAAUGCCUAUUUCUUGGACAUUACCAUAUGGAAGUGCAGCUCCGAAAACAUUAUACUAACAGCAACUUUCUAAGGAAGUUUUAUGUUUUUUUCCAAUGCUUCUAUGAAGUGUCUGGAACAUUGCAUUAAUAAUGCAUACUUAAUAUUUUUAUGAUCACGAUAAACCAAUUCAUAUUAAUUUUGUAACCAUUUAAAUAAAAAAGUAUUGCUAUUUGUUA